AUGAGUGAGUUCCGGAUCCACCAUGAUGUCAACGAGCUGCUCAGUCUGCUGCGUGUCCGUGGUGGCGAUGGGGCUGAGGUCUACAUUGACCUGCUUCAGAAGAAUAGGACCCCAUAUGUGACAACCACUGUCUCUGCACACAGUGCCAAGGUUAAAAUAGCAGAAUUCUCUCGUACCCCGGAAGAUUUCCUGAAGAAGUACGAUGAGCUGAAGUCUAAAAACACACGGAGCCUGGACCCGCUGGUGUACCUGCUGUCAAAGCUCACAGAGGACAAGGAGACUCUGCAGUACUUGCAGCAGAACGCGAAAGAGCGGGCUGAGCUCACCGCCACUGCUGCAGCCAGCUCUGGCCCCAGCUUCAGCGUUCCUGCCUCGGCCUCCAGGAUCUCCACACAAGAGCUUGAGGAACUGAGGAGGCAGCUGGGCAGUGUGGCCACAGGCUGCACGCUACAGCAGUCUCUGGAACUCACAAGAAAGACACUACGAGACAAGCAGAACAAGAGGAACUCGGGCCAGCACCUCCCCACCUUCCCUGCAUGGGUGUAUGAGCGGUCCGCACUCACCGGGGACUUCCUGACCAGCUCAGGGGUGGGCACGGACACUGCUCUGCCCAUAGGUGCCCUGCCUCUGACCUCCCAGGAGUCGGCCGUAGUGGAGGACCUGCUGUAUGUGCUGGCCGGAGUGGAUGGCAGGUACAUCACUGCACAGCCCCUCACGGGCCAGCAGAGCCGCAACUUCCUUGUGGACCCCAACCUGGACUUGUCUGUCAGGGAGCUGGUAAACAGAAUUCUCCCUGUGGCUGCCAGCUACUCCACUGUGACCAGAUUCAUCGAGGAGAAGUCAUCUUUUGAGUAUGGGCAGGUGAACCACGCCCUGGCGGCUGCCAUGCGUACCCUGGUGAAGGAGUACCUGAUUCUCAUCACUCAGCUGGAGCAGCUACAGAGGCAGGGCCUGCUCUCUCUGCAGAAGCUCUGGUUCUACAUCCAACCCACCAUGCGUACCAUGGACAUCCUGGCCUCGCUCGCUACGUCUGUGGAUAAGGGCGAGUGUCUUGGGGGCUCAACUCUCAGUCUGCUGCAUGACAGGAGCUUCAACUACACAGGCGACAGCCAGGCCCAAGAGCUGUGUCUGUACCUGACCAAGGCCGCCAGUGUCCCCUACUUCGAGAUCCUGGAGAAGUGGAUCUACCGUGGGAUCAUCGACGACCCGUACAGUGAGUUCAUGGUGGAGGAGCAUGAGCUGCGGAAGGAGAAGAUCCAGGAGGACUACAAUGACAGGUACUGGGACCAGCGGUACACCGUGGUGCAGCCCCACAUCCCAGCCUUCCUGCAGAAGAUGGCGGACAAGGUCCUCAGCACAGGAAAAUACCUGAACGUGGUGCGGGAGUGUGGCCACGACGUGACAUGCCCAGUGGCCAAGGAGAUCACCUACACGUUGAAGGAGCGGGCGUACGUGGAGCAGAUAGAGAAGGCCUUCAACUAUGCCAGCAAGGUCCUCCUGGACUUCUUGAUGCAGGAGAAGGAGCUGGUUGCACACUUGAGGUCCAUCAAGCGCUACUUCCUGAUGGCCCAGGGGGACUUCUUCGUGCACUUCAUGGACCUCACUGAGGAGGAGCUGAAGAGGCCAGUGGACGACAUCACGCCCCCCCGGCUGGAGGCCCUGUUGGAACUGGCCCUUCGCAUGAGCACCGCCAACACAGACCCCUUCAAGGAUGACCUGAAGAUUGAGCUGAUGCCUCAUGACCUCAUCACCCAGCUCCUGCGGGUCCUGGCCAUUGAGACCAAGCAAGAGAAGGCGCUGGUCAGUGCUGAGCCCACGGAGCUCACACUGAGUGGCCUCGAGGCCUUCUCCUUCGACUAUGUUGUCAAGUGGCCCCUGUCGCUGAUUAUCAACAGGAAGGCAUUGACCCGUUACCAGAUGCUCUUCCGCCACAUGUUCUACUGCAAGCAUGUGGAGCGGCAGCUUUGCAGUGUCUGGGUCAGCAACAAGACCGCCAAGCAGCACGCCCUGCACUCAGCCAAGUGGUUUGCGGGCGCCUUCACCCUCCGGCAGCGGAUGCUGAACUUUGUGCAGAACAUCCAGUACUACAUGAUGUUUGAAGUCAUGGAGCCAACGUGGCACAUCCUAGAGAGAAACCUGAAAUCUGCCUCCAACAUUGACGAUGUCCUAGGCCACCACACCAGCUUCCUGGACAACUGCCUGAAGGACUGCAUGCUGACCACCCCUGAGCUGCUCAAGGCCUUUUCCAAGCUCAUGUCCGUGUGCGUCAUGUUCACUAACUGCAUGCAGAGGUUCACACAGAGCAUGAAGUUGGACAGUGAGCUGGGCCGUCUGACACUGGAGCACGGGACCAUGCUGGGACCGCCCACGGAGGCUGAACGGGCCGAGGAGAAUGCCCGGAAGAAGCUUACCAAGAAGCACCUGGCCGAGCACAUGGAUGCACCUCAGGUGACGUCAGGCUUCGAGGCCACCAUCAACAAGUUUGACAAGAACUUCUCCGCCCAUCUCCUUGACCUCCUGGCCCGGCUGAGUGUCUACAGCACCAGUGACUGCGAGCACAGCGUGGCCAGCGUCAUCUCCAGGCUGGAUUUCAACGGCUUCUACGCGGAGCGCCUGGAGCGCCUGUCGGCAGAGAGGAGCCAGAAGUCAGCUGCUGUGCAUGCACAUGCCCCCCGGGGACCUCCAGCAGCCCCGGCCAGGAUUGCGGUUGCUGCUCAGUGA